AUGGCCGACAAAUUGCGCACGCUUCAGAACCUCGAGGCCAUGCAGGCUCGCUACGUCGGAACCGGCCACGCCGACACCACGAAGUACGAAUGGACCUCGAACAUCGUUCGCGACAGCUACGCCUCGUAUAUCGGACAUCCGCCGAUGCUAUCGUACAUGGCUGUGGGCAUGGGCGAGCCCAAGGAGAAGGUUCGCGCGGCGAUGAUUGAGAAGAUGGUGCGAGGCGCGGGAAACCCGCCGGAGGAAUCCUCCGGUAACGAAGCUGCAGGUUCCACAAGUAGCUUUGUUCUUAUUAAACAAGAUCUCCCCAAUGAGCUCCUCUAUGACAUCGCUGGCUUGCUCGAAUACGCCGAUGACGCUAGUGCCUUCUCACGGAGCUGCCAUUUUCUCUAUUCUCUCAUCAAUGACACCCUAGUUGCGCGCUACGCCAAGGGCCUCGAGCAAGAGGCCAUUGAAUAUGCACUGGAAAUCGGCGACCAUGUUCUCAUGGAAAGUCUCAUCAACGCUGCAGGAGCUGGCCACACGGAGCUGGUCCGGCUUUUACUUGACCGCGAGAUUAACGGUGUUUAUGAUGCUUGGUUCCUUGAAAUGCCGCCUACACAUGCCCUUCUACAUGAACAUUGGGAGACAGCGAGACUACUAAUGUCUUAUGGGGCAGAUCCCGAUUACAAGAUCGAGCCCUACGAGUGGAGCCAAACCGCUCUCGCCACUAUGGCGCACCGAGGAUCCCUGGAAGGCCUGCGAUUUCUAGUCGAGAAUACGAAGUCGACUCUAGAGGGGAAGGAUUCUCCCUGGAAGACAACUCUCCCCUGCGGCAGGCAGCUGCGAGAGGCCAUGAAAGUAUCGUUCGGCGAUUUUUACAUUGCAGAUGCAUUCGAGCCAGGAAGGACACUGCUCGGCGUGGCCGUUGGAGGUUAUCACCCUCGGGUGAAGGAAUUGACGGAGCUCCUCCUGGAACUUGGUGCCAAUGUGGACGCCACGGAUAGCAAAUCUGGAGAAACGGCAUUGGUGCAUGCCGUAAAGAUUGGCAACUGCGACGCUGUCGAUAUCCUGCUUAAUCACGGCGCCGACCUCCUUUUCAGAAUCAACAAGUCGGAAGCCAGUGAGACGCCUCUGCAUCAGGCCUUGGUCUCGCAGAGGAGUAGCUGCCUCCGAAUUAUACUAAAGGCAGUAGAAGCCAGGGGGCUACAGUGGGAUAUCAGUCCUGCCCUGCGUGAAGUUCGACAGUAUAAGGACCGUCCAGAUCCGAUGGACAGGGAAUUGUUGGGGCCUUUUCUGAAUGACAGCGCUGAAGCUAUUUUGAGCGGCGAUAUUGCACUGACUGGCAACACGAGCCCUGAGUGCGCUCGAUUAGUGAAGUAUCUGGUGCAGCACUAUUGUCGGGUGAAGUAUCCAUGUCCCUUGUAG